UAUUGUUUUCGUGUUAUGAAUACGACAACCGGCACUAGGUUCAUGCAAUCGUACGUAAGUUGCGUUUACAACUGUUCCGUACCGUCGCUAACUUCAGAUCACUUGACGUUUACAGAAAAAAGUAUACCUAUCACAAAUGAAUUUACACAAUACAAAAAAAAAUUGCCGCCGAACUCGACGUCGACAACAGCCGCAAAGAAAAAGCCGGGACUGAACUCAAAGGAACCAAAACAAACGAGCACAACAAUGUCUUCAUCUCUGCUAUAUAAACAAUACAUGGCACCAAUAAGUCCAACUUCAUACCCGCACCUUACAAUACUGUUAUUAAGCAUCGGUGUAUUUCUGACGGCAUGGUUUUUUGUCUACGAAGUGACCAGUACAAAAUUCACGAGAAGCUUAAAGAAAGAACUUUCCAUAUCGUUUGUUGCCGCCAUAUUUACUGGCUGUGGUUUAUUGUUCCUUCUACUAUGGGUUGGGAUUUAUGUUUGAAAACAAGUUUUUGUUUACCGGCUAAGUUUUUUUGAAUUAUAAAUAAUUACCUUCUACAAAAAAUUGUAUGCAACAUUUAAAAUGAAAACUACAAAGUUUUCAAUAUUAUACACGAACAAUAUUGUUGUAAUAAAAUGCUAAAUAAAUAAUCAUUACUUUUGUUACAA